UGCGUUUGCCCUUAGGACUUACUCUCCAUCAUAACCCUGUUUUUUAUUUUAUAAGUUUUAUUAUACACUUUUAUUAUAUUAUUUAAAAAUGAUAAUUUUGAGUUUUUGUUUUGAAUUUUAAAAAAUUCAUAGUUUGUUUCUUUUUUUGUAGAAGAAUUUUUUGUUUUUAGUUAUAUACGUGAUUCGACACAAUGUGUGUGUUAAUAAGUUUUCAUGAUUUUUAUGAAUAUCAUGCAGAAAAUAAUUUUAAAAAAUGUAUGUAGGUGUUAUAGGAACUUAAUGUUCAAAGUCGAAUCUAUUUAUAUAUACAAUACAUACCCUGAUAUUAAUGAAAUAUUUGGUCAAUGAAGAAGAAGAAUAAUUGCAAUGGUAUUGAAGUUAUGACAGUUGAUAUACAAAAGGAAAUUUUUGUGACUCGCCCUACUUGAAAUUGUAUACCUAUAUAUUUAAAAGGAGACAAUACUAAAUAUUUGGAUUAUUAAACUGACACUUGGAUUGAAAAUCAAAUAAGCAACAAUGGCAUUCAGAGACUUAGUUGAAAGUGAUUGUGGAGGAUUGAAUCCUCUGAUGCGAUUCACUUCACACUUCGUUCAGGAUCAUGGAUUUAAAGAAGAUGGGGUUCAUGAACAUUUUGAUUCACGUGAACCCUUUGAAAAUGCAAAUUCAGAUCAGCUUGUCAAACAAUUUUUAGAAGAAAGUUCAAUGCAUCCACAAACAUUUAAAAUGGAUCAUUUGCUGCAAGAAAUGAGAGAUAUUGAUCAAAAUGUUUAUCCACCAGUUAUGAGUCCAUGUGUUGCUAAAGAAUUGACAGGUCAGGAUACAGCAUGGGCAACACAAUAUUUACAAUCAGGGAAACAUUUUGAUGAAAAUCAUGCAGAAGAUAUUUGGAAUUCUCCUACAAUUGAACAACCAUCAACAACAAGAGAACAAUUACCUAUUAUAUCAGGGGAAACUUAUGAACUUGGCCUAGGACCAAAAUGGGCUGAAGAAUAUUUAGAGCAAAAUAUAGAAAAUGCUGAUGAUAAUGAAAAUAAAAGUACAGAACUAAUGAAACUGCCUGAAAGUUUAAAUGUUGAGGAGCCUAAUAUUGCGUAUUCGAAAUUUAUGAAAUUUAUGCGCCAAGAAGAAAGUAAUUCAAUAGAGGAAAAAAAUAAAUGGUCUUCAGAAUUUAUUGAAGAAAAAAUUAUUAAUGACGAUGCAGAAUUAUCUAAUGAAAAUAAUGUAGCUUUAAAUAAAGUUGAAGAAGAAUUGGCUAUUGCUGGGACAUGGGUUGAUGAAUUUAACAAAACAAUUGCAAAAGAUACUGAUAAUUACGAAUCAUCAUUUUGGAAACGUCUUCAAGGUGAAUGGGAUAAAAUUUUAUCAUCUGAAAAUAUUUCAGCUACACAUCCAUGGAUAUCGGAAUAUAAUACAUAUUAUGAUCCAUUUAAGGAAUAUAAAUUUAAUGAAAAUAAUCCGAUGGCUAAUUUAUCAAAUGCUUUCGAGGAAGGUAAAAAGAGAUUAGCAAUAGGCGAUCUUCCAAGUGCUGUUCUUUGUUUUGAAGCGGCAGUAACACAGGACAGUAAUAAUGUUGAAGCGUGGCUUCUUCUUGGAAAAACACAAGCUGAAAAUGAACAAGAUUCAAUGGCUAUUUCAGCUUUAAAACAAUGUUUAACACUUGAUCCUGCAAAUUCUGCUGCAUUGAUGUCACUUGCUGUUUCUUAUACAAAUGAAUCGUUUCAAAGUCAAGCAUGUUUGACACUUAAGGAAUGGCUAUUAAAAAAUGAAAAAUAUAAACAUCUUACACCAUUAACUUCAUUUACUCAACCACCACAGACAAGAGUAUCAACUAUUUUGUUUAAUGAUGUUCACAAUGAGGUAAAAGAUCUAUUUAUUCAAGCCGCUAGACUACAGCCGAGAGAUACAAUAGAUCCGGAUGUUCAAUGUGGACUCGGUGUACUUUUCAAUUUGUCGAGUGAAUAUAAUAAAGCUGCAGAUUGUUUUCGUGCAGCAAUACAAGCUAGACCGGAUGAUGCAAAAUUAUGGAAUCGAUUAGGUGCAACAUUAGCUAAUGGUCAAAGAUCAGAAGAAGCUAUUGAUGCUUAUCAUCAUGCUUUGGAUUUGGCACCAGGUUUUAUUAGGGCCCGCUAUAAUCUUGGAAUCUCUUGUAUAAACCUUGGAGCGUACAAAGAAGCUGGCGAACAUCUUCUCACUGCCUUGAAUCAACAAGCCGCUGGAAGGAAUCUUUUGGGAGAAAAAGCGCCGCCAAAAGCAAUGUCUGAUACAAUUUGGUCAACAUUACGAUUAGUUGUAUCACUGAUGCAUAAAUUUCAUCUUAAUGAAGCCAUAGAAAACAGAGAUCUAGCUGCAUUAAAUAAUGAAUUUGAAAUGGAAUAAAUAAUACAACUAUUGGGAAUAAUGAAUGUAGGGUUAUAAAAAUUUUCUACAAUUUAAGAUUAUACGUCAAAAAAAAAUAAAUAAAGGUAGAUGUAUAUUAAAUGACAAUUAAAAUUAAAAUUUUAUUAUUUUGUAGAGAGAUUAGAGUAGAAUAAUUUUUUAAGUUAAAUAGGUUAAAUAAUUAUAUAUAUAUAUAUAUAUAUAUAUAUACAUGUUAUAAAAGUAGAGUAUAUUUUUUAGUAAGAAGCUUUUAAUUGAAUAAAGUAUUUUAAAUCAUU